UUUCAAAAAUGGCGAAGCAAGUGGCGAUCAUCGGUGCCGGAAUUAGUGGCCUUAUCGCAUGCAAAUAUGCCCUCGACAAGGGUUUCCGUCCGACAGUCUUUGAAGCUGGAAGCAGCGUUGGUGGGGUUUGGACUCGAACGAUAGAGACCACCAAGCUCCAAACAUCCAAAGAGCUAUUUCAAUUCUCUGAUUUCCCCUGGCCUUCUACCGUGCUAACCUCAUUCCCUGACCACAAUCAGGUCUUGGACUACAUCGAAGCUUAUGCUAAUCGUUUCGAUUUACUUCGCCAUGUGAAGUUCAAUUCUAAAGUCAUCUCCAUUGAAUACGAAGGAGCAUCUGAGGAAGAAAUGCAAGCUUGGGAUCUAUGGGGCGGCACAGGUGAGGCUUUCGGUCCUGGAGGCAAAUGGAAUGUUCAAGUAAAUAGCGGAAUAUCUUCUGAAACAAAUGAUCGAACAACUCAGAUUUAUCAAGUGGAAUUUGUGAUCCUCUGUAUUGGACGAUUCAGCGAUGUACCAAACAUUCCAAAGUUUCCACCAAAUGAAGGGCCAGAGGUGUUUGAUGGUAAGAUCUUACACGCUAUGAACUACUCAGAUAUGGAAGAUGCAAGCGCCGCUGAAUUGAUCAAAGGAAAGAGAGUCACUGUCAUUGGAUUCUCGAAAUCUGCACUUGACAUUGCAGCUGAGUGUGCAAAUGCAAACGGAGCAGAGCACCCUUGUACGGUUGUAUAUAGAACUGAACAUUGGAACCUUCCUCAUUACCUUCCAUGGGGGGUUCAUAUUGCACACCUGUACCUUACUCGUUUCUCUGAGCUUAUGAUCCAUAAGCCAGGUGAAGGUCUUCUACUUGGUCUCUUGGUUACACUCCUUUCACCUCUGAGGUGGGUUUUCUCCAAAUUUGUGGAAAGCUACCUCAGAUGGAAACUACCCUUGAAGAAGUAUGGAAUGAUACCCAAACAUAGUUUCUUUCAACAAAUGGCUACUUGCUUACUCACAACAUUGCCAGAUAAUUUCUAUGAUAAAGUCAGAGAGGGAAGCAUCAUAUUGAAGAAAUCAGAAAGAAUUAGCUUCUGUAAAGAUGGGUUGGUGAUUAAUAAAGACUCUUCUUCUCUACAAUCAGAUAUAGUGAUCCUUGCAACUGGAUACAGAGGUGAUCAAAAGAUUAAAAACAUUUUCACAUCACCUUCUUUUAGACAACAAGUAACUGGGUCAUCAACCACAGCAGUUCCACUCUACAGGGAAUGCAUUCAUCCAAGAAUACCACAAUUGGGAAUAAUUGGAUACUCAGAAAGUGUAUCAAACUUAUAUACUUCAGAGAUGAGAUGCAGGUGGCUUGUGAAUCUACUAGAUGGUGGUUUCAAGUUACCUAACAUAAGAGAGAUGGAAAAAGAAGUAAUGAGAUGGGAAAAUUACAUGAAGAGAUACACAGGUAAGUACUUUAGAGGAUCUUGUAUUGGUAUAGUGCAUAUAUGGUACAAUGAUCAACUAUGCAGGGAUAUGGGAUGCAAUCCCAGGAGAAAGAAUGGAUUUCUUGCAGAAUGGUUUGAACCUUAUGGUCCUUUGGAUUAUAUAGACCUCUCUCCUUGAUGUGUCUU